AUGCUAUAUUCUCACAUGGGCGAGUACUCGAAAGCACUUUCAUCUUACGAAAAAUCACUUGAAAUCCGAAAAAUAGCUCUCCCUCCGAAUCAUCCCGACUUGGCUACUUCCUACAACAACAUCGCUUCAGUGUAUGGUAACAUGGGUGAGUACUCGAAAGCACUUUCAUCGUACGAAAGAUCACUUGAAAUCCGAAAAAUAGCUCUCCCUCCGAAUCAUCCCGACUUGGCUACUUCCUACAACAACAUCGCUUCAGUGUAUGGUAACAUGGGCGAGUACUCGAAAGCACUUUCAUCGUUAGAAAGAUCACUUGAAAUCCGAAAAAUAGCUCUCCCUCCGAAUCAUCCCGACUUGGCUACUUCCUACAGCAACAUCGCUUCAGUGUAUGGUAACAUGGGCGAGUACGGGAAAGCACUUUCAUCGUACGAAAGAUCACUUGAAAUCUCCAAAAUAGCUCUCCCUCCGAAUCAUCCCGACUUGGCUACUUCCUACAACAACAUCGGUAUGGUGUAUGAUAACAUGGGCGAGUACUCGAAAGCACUUUCAUCGCUAGAAAGAUCACUUGAAAUCUCCAAAAUAGCUCUCCCUCCGAAUCAUCCCGACUUGGCUACUCCCUACAACAACAUCACUAUGGUGUAUUCUCACAUGGGCGAGUACUCGAAAGCACUUUCAUCGUUAGAAAGAUCACUUGAAAUCCGAAAAAUAGCUCUCCCUCCGAAUCAUCCCGACUUGGCUACUUCCUACAACAACAUCGGUGUGGUGUAUGAUAACAUGGGCGAGUACUCGAAAGCACUUUCAUCGUACGAAAGAUCAGUUGAAAUCCGAAAAAUAGCUCUCCUUCCGAAUCAUCCCUCCUUGGCUACUUCCUACAGCAACAUCGGUAUGGUGUAUGAUAACAUGGGCGAGUACUCGAAAGCACUUUCAUCGUUAGAAAGAUCACUUGAAAUCGGAAAAAUAGCUCUCCCUCCGAAUCAUCCCGACUUGGCUACUUCCUACAGCAACAUUGCUUCAGUGUAUGAUAACAUGGGCGAGUACUCGAAAGCUCUUUUAUCUCGAGAAAAUGUACUCUAUGAAUUGGUUAUAUUCAAAGAAGAAUUUGAUGACAAUGAACGAACUCUACCAUUUGAUCACAUUAUUCCCAAGAUUCGUCUUUGUUGGGAUAUUAUGUUUUUGAAUUACUGA